AUGGCAUCGUUUUUCCCAUCUGCGCCUCCACUGGAAGUCGACGAGGACGAUUUCAACGAACGAUUUUUGACCUGUACCAUUUGUCUUGAGCCAUACCAGGAAGCCCCCAAACUCCUUCCAUGUUUGCAUUCAUUUUGCAGUAAUUGCCUUCGAUCGCACAGUCGAGGUAAUUCGGUAUUCAAGUGUCCAGUAUGUCGGAGAGACGUCCCCGUUCCACAGCAAGGUGUAGACGGAUUCCCCAACAACAUAUAUGUCCGUGACCUGAAGGAAUUUCUCGCAGCACAGCCUCGCCGGUCAGCGGUAUUACCGGCGUCGAGCCUCAGUGCUGCCGUUCCGAUCGUCACGCAGAGGGAACGACGACAGAAUGCGUCCCAACCCAAAAUAAACAAACAAGUUAGUAGCAAUUUUCUUAAGCGUACUGCAAUUAAAUUGAGACUAAAUUUUCGAUCGAAGACAAAACGGUACUGUUCUUACCAUGCGGAGAAAGAGUUGAAACUCUACUGUGAAACUUGUCAACUGAUCGUUUGCAAAAAAUGUGUCAAAAUCGAACACUCCGAUGGCCAUUUUAUUAUGGACAUCCAUUCGGCUGCUGAAAGCAGACUACAAAAACUAGGACUGUUGUUGAAUGAAGCCAAAUCGCACAUCGAACCUCUGCAGAUCAGCGUUCAGACAGUUGGCGAAGAAGUACGCAAACUACGCGCUAGAAAAGAGGAACUAAAACAGGAUAUCAAUGAUACAUUUAACGACCUAGCGCAAGCCGUGGAAACUCAGAGAAACGUAUGCAUGGCGAAAUUAACAGAGGCUGUACAGGGUAAGGAACAUGCCCUCAACACGCAGUACAGCGAGCUUGACCUUGGGCACAGUACUGUGCGAAGUGGAUGCCAGUUUGCACACCAAACCAUUCAAGAUCUUAGAGAAUCUGACUAUGAAAUCGUUGCUGCAAGUAACCAGCUGGCUGCCAGGUUAGAAGAGCUAGUGGCAGUACGUGGUCGACAUACUGCCGAGCCAGUAGAUAAUGCUUGCCUUUCAUUUGUUUUGAAUGAAGAAGAUAUUGCAGAGCUUCGUCAGAUUGUGUCUCGCAUUGGAGAAGUCCAUCAAUUUUAA